AAAUAAAAUUGGUGGAAUUUUUGAGUAUAAAAAGACGACCAACCGACCGAUUGGCAUAUCAGUUCAUCUUCCUCAUUCAAACAGUGAGAACUAAGUAUCAAAUUUAAGUGCAAAAUGAAUACCCUCUGUAUUGCAGCUGUUUUGUCAGUGGUCGCUAUUUGCCAAGCUGGGCAAUUGGCAACCCCAUUGGCACCUGUAGCUUAUGUGAAUGGAGCUCGUCUUGCCUACUCAGCACCUUUGGCCGCCGCCGCUCCACUCGCUUACUCAGCUGCCGCUCCACUCGCUUACUCAGCUGCCGCUCCACUCGCCUACUCAGCCGCCGCUCCAAUUACCUACUCAGCACCUUUGGCUGCUGCUCCAGCAUACCAACCAUAUGUUGCUAGCCGAACAUACGCUUACCAAUCACAACCAAUCGUUGCCGCCAGCCCUUUGGCCUACAGUGCCGCCCCAGUCUUGAGAUCUGCUCCACUCUUGAGAGCCGCUCCACUCGCCCCAGUUGUUAAAGCCGCUCCUUUGAUCGCUGAACCAGCUCCACUUGUUGCUGCCGCUCCAAUUGUCAAUGCCGCUCCACUCGUUGCUGCCAAGCUCGAAGAAGUCGAUGCUCACCCACAAUACCAAUUCGGUUACAACGUUGCCGACGCUUUGACCGGUGACUCAAAGACUCAAGAAGAAACCCGUGAUGGUGAUGUUGUCAAAGGUAGCUACUCAUUGAUCGAACCAGAUGGUUCACGUCGUACCGUCAACUACUACUCAGACCCAAUCAAUGGAUUCAACGCCGUCGUCCAAAAGGAUUUGCCACUCGCUGCCACACCAGUUGUUGCCGCCAAGACUGUUGUCGCUGCCCCAGUCCCAGCUAAAGCUGUCCUUGUCUAAAUUCAUUCUGUCUACAGUUAAACCCUUCCCCGUCUUCCUAUUCGAAAACACUUCAUCUCCGUUAGCAUUUAGAUGUUUUUUUCAAUAACUAUCCCAAAACGCAAAGGAAUCGCAGAAUAUGUGAUUGAAUAUCCUCCCCAUCACCCAGAAGAGAACCAAAAUGUAGCAGUUGAAUAGUCGGGUGUAUCACAUAUAUUGAUUAUAUGCUGAGCAUACCACUAGUCAAGUCAAAUUAGCAUACCGGCAAUUUAGCGAUUCGACUGCGCAAUAUAAGGGCUUAUUCAUUUCAAUAAACUUUAUUAAUUCCAUUGUUGAAUGCUUUUUUUGUACAUAAAAAAAUGUUUUAGAAAAAUAUACAUGAACUUGAAAAAAAAAUUUAAAA